AUGAGGCAAACUACGGAAAAGGUUAAGCAGAUACAAGAAAGGAUGAAGGCAUCUCAGAGCAGACAGAAAUCCUAUGCUGAUCAAAGGAGAAGACCUUUGGAGUUUGCAGUGGGAGAUCAUGUUUUCUUGAGGGUUACCCCAACCACCGGUGUGGGGAGGGCUAUUCACUCAAGGAAGCUAAAAUAUGUGUAUGAUCCCUCACAUGUGCUUGAGUCAGAAGAUCUACAAGUUAGAAGAGACCUCUCCGUAGAGGUUCAACCGGUGAGUCUUGGCGAUAGUCAGACUAGACAGCGUAAGGGGAAAUCGAUCACUCUAGUUCAGGUCAACUGGGAUAAGAGAAUGGGGGAUUCCACGUGGGAACUUGAAGAGGAAGUGAAGAAAUCGUAUCCACAUCUGUUCUCUGGUGAGUCUUAA